GAGCUCUGCCCAUUCAUCACUCUCAUUGCCUCUUCUACACACACACACUCAGAGGUCCCUCUCACCCACACACACCAUGCCCCCAAAGAAGCCAGAACCCAAGAAGGAGGCCCCAAAACCUGCUGCUGCUCCUGCACCUGCUGCACCAGAACCUCCUCAGGAGCCAAAAUUUGAUCCCAAAAGUGUCACAAUUGAAUACUCGGGUGAGCAGAUUGAAGAGUUUAAAGAGGCCUUCCAGCUGUUUGAUCGAACUCCAGGAGGAGAAUUGAAAAUCACUUAUGGACAAGUUGGGGAUGUCCUGAGGGCUCUGGGACAAAACCCAACAAAUGCUGAGGUGAUGAAGGUUUUGGGAAAACCCAAGGCAGAAGAGCUGAACACCAAACUUCUGGACUUUGAGACUUUCCUUCCAAUGCUGCAGCACAUAUCCAAGAAUAAAGACAAGGGCUCUUUUGAGGACUUUGUAGAAGGGCUGCGCGUCUUUGACAAAGAGAGCAACGGCACAGUAAUGGGAGCAGAGCUGCGCCACGUACUGGCCACACUGGGUGAGAAGCUGCAUGAGAAUGAGGUAGAACAACUGUUGGCUGGUCAGGAAGAUGCAAAUGGAUGUAUCAACUAUGAAGCCUUCAUCAAGCACAUCAUGUCUGGUUGAAGUAAGCACGAACCAUAAGACUCGCUGCUUGUACCCUCACCUGUCCAUUGAACCCAGAGUCAUUAUUGCCUCAUGUAUCUUUAGGAUUGUCUGAGCCUGCCGUCCUAGAGGAUUCUCGCUACGUGAAGAAUGGAUCUUUUCUUCAACAGUUGUAAAUUAUUUGGGAUUUUUUUUUUUCCCUAUUGAUAUAUCAAUAAAUAGAAUUUCACAAAAAAAA